UGAGGGUGCACAUGCCAGUUUGAAGAAGAUGUUGCGGGAUUGCAAGGGUGACCUGGCCACUUCAUGGGAUGCGUCGCAUAGUUUGACAUGUAAUCGACAUACUGAAAUAUUAGCAUCGUUUGAGCGCAGUAUUCACAGAAUUGAUCACAUUUUCAUGUUCCCAUUUUACACAAAUAUUAGAGGAUUUGUGUCAAACAAAUGCCUGCAGCUCAUUGGCGCUGAACAUAUAAGAAUGAAGUCCUACGGCGGAUGCGAUUGCUUGUUGAGAGAGACUCAUGGACUACCUUGCGGUUGUGAACUUGCAGGUUAUGAAAGAAUUCCAUAUGAGUCAAUUCAUCCAUUCUGGAAGAGACUGAGUUGGGAGCAUGUACCUGAACCUGUUGUAGAUACUACCAGCAACCAUAUUUGCGGCAUGAACCAUGGAGAUAUGCAACCAGAAGUUGAGGCAUUGACACAUUAUUUCAGUUCUUUGGAUACUGGAGGGCAGAGUAUGGUAAGGAGGAAGCUUCAAGCGAUCUAUUGUCCUGAAAGCAGUUCACUUUGUACUCCUGCGGUUAAGAUAAGGUCCAAGCGCACUCUUAAGGCGAAUGAGAGAAUACCACCCAAGAAUAAAGCAAUAGGAUCCUUAACUCGUGAUCUUUCAGGUAUUUUUUGA